AAUUUAAAGGUGAAUCAACCCUUUAAUAGACGUCUGCAAAUGUUGCUUUACCUUGGGGCCCUCCACAAUGAACUGACUGGUCCCUAUAGUGUAUAAUUAGAUUCCUCUUAUUUAUAUCCCUCGGAUUCAGGGAAUGAACAGGAGGGUUCCAUGCUUUUCCCUGGAGUGCGUUUGCAGGAGAGACGGGUGCUUUCCUUAAACAUAAAGAGGAACUUGUUCUCGCCCUAAAUGCCCAUAAACUGGUAUCUAGUAAAUCUGCUGGGCCUGUCAUUUCUAACAGCUGCUUUUUAUCUUCCAGAACAUUUUUUGGAGCCCGGAAAAAAAACCCUUGAAUUCAUCGGAUUCUUCCAUUGCUGGGAGAAGAGCCAAGUGCAAUAAACAGGAUUCACAGCCAAAAUCUUACGCUUCCUUCUGCAGCCACAGAUGCUUCUACCUGCCUCUUUUUCCUGCCUGGCUGGCACACACCCAUUUCUCUGGCCAUAAAACACUUUAUGUACCGUGGGCAGCACCCCAUAAUCUCCAGAAAACAUCGGCGACAGAAGUGAGACCCGUGGAAUUGUGAGCAAGGAAGAAAUGAAGAGGGUGUCCGAGGUUCCUUUUGGGCUCAAGCAUUGAAGGGCAGCAGGGCCCUGAAGGUCGGGAUGCAGUCAGCUGUAUCUAAAGCACAGGAGCUGGUGCUGGUGGAACACGCCUUUGAGUAUUCCUCCAAGGAUGGAAGAAUUAUCUCCAUAAAACCCAACGAGAGGUACAUCCUUCUGAAGAGGACUAAUGAGCACUGGUGGCAAGUGUGCCUCGAUAAGACUACAACACCAUUUUAUAUACCGGCCAAAUAUGUCAAAGUUUUGCCCUCAGCUGAGAAGCGAUUCAAUGGUUUUCAGCCACUCAAGGAUUCAUUAGAGGAUGUGCAGGUACCAGUGGCGAGUAAUGAGUACAGUUACAAAUUCUUACCACCAAUCCCACAGGUGAGUGCCAACUUUACCAUGCCGCCUUCUGAGAUCCAGCCGACCAUUUCUGGUAGUGCCAUAACUUCAAGAAAUGUAGAGAGUGCCAGCAAAGCCCUGUCUCCAGUUAUGAUGCCAUGCAUUGGUACAAGUAACACCCUACCAAAAGUCAGCAUGCCAAAGCUUGCUGCCACCAAUACCCUGCAAUCUUCCACAGUGCCUAGGGUCACCUCUAACAAUGUCCAACCAAAAGUGACUUUACCACAGAUCCAUGUAAAUGAUCUAUUAACCAAUGCCCCACAAAUCCAUUUAAGUAAUACUCUUCCACCAAUCAAUGCCCAGCAGUUUAGCUCCACACUCCCACGAUCAUCAACCCAAUCUCUGCCAUCAGACCUCCCUUUGGUAUGUGGAGCGUCAGGAUUAGACUCAACUCACACAUAUCCCCAGGAACAACCCGAGGACAACCGCACGCAUGCUCCAAUGAGAACCUUCCACAAUUCCAAGAAGGUUGUUGACCCCACCAAGCGUAUCAGCUUCUUGUGCCUCAAUGAUGCCCAGCCCAAUAUUUUAAUCACACAUCCUUCAGUGAAACUAAAGCCAGAGCCAUCUACAGCUCAUCACCAUCAACACCUACACAAAAUCAAUGACUCUUCUGGACCGUGUCGCCCAGAAGAGGUGGUUACAGGACCGAGCAACCUAACUGGGUCGAAUGAAGUCUUGCCUUCAGCCCAGCCUAUUAAAGAAGAGGAAGACUUUGGGCCACUCUAUGAAAACCUAAAGCCAUUCAAAAAAGAGAGUCCAAGGAAACGAGCGUCAUCCCUGCAGCUCAGCUCCACCAGUACAUUAGACGACUGGGAAACUCACACCGACACAGGCAGCGGGCAACAAUUCUAUUAUAACAGUCUUACUGGGGUGACAACUUGGGAUUCUCCAUUUGACCAACCAGAAGACCAAGGGCACUCUCCCACCUCUCUGAAUUCCUUAAGUCCUUUAGCUGAAGACUCGUUGUGGGAGAAACAUUUUGAUGAAGCCACAAGACAAUUUUAUUUCUUUAAUCCAGUGACAGGCGAAACAUCCUGGGAUCCACCAGAAGAAGGGAUGAGUUUUCAAGAACUAACUCCAAUGGCGCCUCCAUAUUUAUCUGUGGACAGGAGGCCACCAACCCCAGAGGCUGAUUAUCCCGACUAUUCUCCAGAAGAGGUAGAGAGGUACCCCCAUGCCGAUUACAGUCAUGAUCCUCAAGGUCUAUAUGAACAGAUUCCUCUAGACAAGUCUCCCGUUGAUGCAAAUUCAGGCUGGUUCUGUCAGGUCAACAAAGAAGGGAAAAAGUGCUACUCAAACAACUCCAACAGUGACAUUUGGGUACAGUCAGAGGACCAGUCAGGAAAAACCUAUUUCUACACUCCAGAUGGUUCCUUCUCGCAGUGGAGUUUGCCACGAGUUGGCACACCGAGGCUUCAUACACCCAACGAUGACAACAAUGUCUUUACAAAAUUGCAGCUUAAUUACCCAGCAUUCUCUCCACGGAAAGAUACAGAGGAUUUUGGCCAGCAGCUCAGAAGGGCUGGUUCUGAAGAUAACCUGGACAUCGUUGGGAAUCAUCAUCAUCAUCACCAGACCAAAAGCCUGGAAAAAGCUGGAGUCCUUCACAAGGCCAAAAUAUCUGACAGUGGGAAAAAGCUUCGUAAAAGCUGGAGCUCCUCUUGGACUGUCCUAGAAGGGGGGAUCCUGACAUUUUUCAAGGAUGGCAAAAAUCUAUCAUCCAACAGUGCGAGACAGUCCCAGCUAUCAACCCCAGAGUACACAGUCAGACUAGAAGGGGCCACUCUUGGGUGGGCCACCAAGGAUAAGUCAAGCAAGAAGCACGUACUAGAGCUGAAGACUCGAGACGGCUCUGAGUUUCUCAUACACCACGAUUCAGAGACGAUCACUGCAGACUGGCACGAAUCGAUAAAGAACAGUAUUGCCAGGAAUAUACGUUUAUUUGCAGACCACACACCUGAAGACGAACUUGAACCCUUCCAGGAAUUUGGCUCUACUGAAAAGUUGGGGACAAAAGAUGAAAAAAAGAACUCGAGCAUGGGAUCAGGCAGCAACUCUGACAGCGAUCGCAAAGUCCGCGCUAAACUCAAGAAGUUUUUACAGAGGCGGCCGACGUUACAGUCCCUGCGAGACAAAGGCUACAUCAAAGAGCAAGUGUUUGGAUGCCCCUUGCAACAGCUCUGUGACAGAGAAAAACACAAUGUUCCAGAAUUUGUAAGAAAGGCCAUCCAAGCGGUGGAGAGAAGAGGACUUGAUAUUGAUGGUUUGUAUCGAGUGAGUGGAAAUCUGGCCACUAUACAGAAACUACGCCACAAAGUGGAUCAAGAAGAAAACAUCAACCUGGAAGACGGGCGCUGGGAAGAUGUCCACGUUCUCACUGGAGCCCUAAAACUUUUCUUCCGGGAGUUGCCAGAGCCCCUGUUCCCCUUCAGUCACUUUGACAUGUUCAUUGAGACAAUAAAAUUAAAUGACCCGGUGCUGAAGAAGAAACAGCUCAAGGAGCUGAUACAGUCCUUGCCGCCUCCAAACCAAGAGACAAUGCAGUUUCUCUUCCGUCAUCUAUGCAACGUAAUUGAAUAUAGAGAAUCCAACAGAAUGUCCAUUCAGAGUGUCGCCAUUGUGUUCGGGCCGACCCUCCUAAGGCCUUCGAUGGAAGGAGCAAACAUCGCCAUGUACAUGGUGUUUCAGAACCAAAUCGUGGAGCAAGUUCUAACCCAAUAUAAAUAUAUAUUUAACACAAGCUGAUCCCUUUGCUUCGCCGAUUCUUACCGACUGUGACAUGACGGCGCGGGCUCGCCCGACCAAGCCUUUGUAUUGCUCUGCCUCCCUAUUUAAAUGUUUCUAUGUAUAUACCCGUGCUCUUGACUUAUAUAUAGAUAUAUAUGUUUGUAUGUACAAAAUAAGAUGACUAUAGAAGGGAAACCAGGCCCAACCUGCUCAUUGGUCAUGUAAAUAAAUCCCUCCCACAAAAUGUCAAUAUUCUCUUUAUGAAGCAGCUUCUAUAGAUUUUUUUUUUUUUGACUCCGCUAUAGAUUUUUACACGUGUAAUUAUUUUUAAAAAAUAGGUUUUAUAAGGGUGGGAGUCUGCCACGCCAACGGAGAAUAUAUUUAAUAAGGCGCAAGACAAAGACACUGGCCUCUCUUGCUGCAAAGACAGAAAACAGUCUGUGAUUCAUCUUUAGUCCCUGUUGCACUUUUUACAUUAAAAUGUUUUACAAGAAAGAGAA